GAAGAAGUUGGAUUGGUAUCCUUUACUGUUUUCCUUGUUGUUGUUGUGACCGACAAACAGUCAAUCGUUCAUUUAUUUAUAUUUGUACUCCGAAAUAAACAGAAGGUUGUUUAAUUUCUCUUUGGCGAUGGCGAGUUUGGAUGAAAAGUGGAAAGCUGUGGACAAGUUUGAGUCUGUUGUGGUAGAUCGUGAAAGAGAUGUUGUUCGAGUGACAAAAGAACUGUAUGAUCUUCAUAGCAACAGAGAACAACUCAGGGGUAUAACAAGCAGUUGCGACUAUCGCUUGACGAUACCAUUUGCCCCCCAUCUCUUUGGCUCAGGCAAAACGACCUUUGCCCGAACCUAUUUGGAGUUGGUGCAAAGGUUUGGUGAAACUUUUCUGUCGACGUUUGCUUCAGACCCUUCGAGGAGAACCUUUUUGGAGAAUUUGAAGAAGGCUUCGUUGCUCUUUGUGGAUUUGAGGGAGUUGAAGCCCAUAGACCCGAUAGAGUUUUCUCGAAACCUGAAGUGGGCAGUGUACUAUUUGUUAAUCAAGGCUGCUUGUUUGCAAUCAGGUCUUCCGCAACCAGACCCGGACGAAUGUUUCAAGGAACUGAAACUUAGGAGUGAUGCUUUGGUUCAGAAAAUCCGUUCAAUCUUAAACAUUCCUUCCGAUCAAUAUCUCCUUGUGGCAUUUGACGAAGUUGGUGUGUUUGAUACAAAGGCAACUUUGUUUGAACUGGAGAAGAAUGACAAAGGUGUGGUUCGACCAUACAAUGACUUUUUCGGUAUCAUUAGUCAAUUGUGCGAAGAACCCGACUUGUUUUUUAUAGUUGUUGGGAAAAGCAAGGGUUUAAGUAUUAAGAAUGAUGUAGCUUUUGGGCUAUCAAGAGUUAUACUACAUUUUAUCCCUUUAUCACCUUUGGACGCUUCCAGUAUCGUUGAAUUCCUUGAAAAGAGUCUUCUAAAGACACCUACUCAAGAACCGGUUUGUAAUGUCUUAUGUAGUUCUUCAUUUUCAGUAAAUGAAUUGGCAGAUUCAUUAUUGGAAUGUACAGGUGGAGUUCCUGGUUUGUUGACUCGUGCAGUAAAUAUGCUUUUGAAUUAUAUAAUAGCAAGAAAUCAGCCUUUCAUAUCGAAAGAAGAAUGUUUGACUUGUAUGAAUGACUACGAUUUCCGAAGAAUUUGUGCUGAACCAUUUGUGGAUCGAAUAUUGAAUUUGGACGAAGAUAGAAGAAGUGUUUUUGAUAUACUUUUGAUGAUGGCACUUUAUCGUAUACCGUUUAAAGUAGAUGACAUAU